UAUUGGUACGAAAAGUCACAUCAGUACUUGUUGUACAUCAGUAAACGAGCCAAACUCCUCAAACAGCUACCCCAACAACCUAACAAUGGCUUUCAAAGUUGCUGCCUUUGCCAUCCUUCUGGUCAUUGCCGCCAUCCACGCUGCUCCCCAGCUGGACCAGCUGCCCAGCGGUAUGACGACGCCGGAAAUCGGUGAGAUCCAGGCGCCGGUCGGUGGUAACCAGACGAACCCGGGAGACCUGGGCAACAACCUGAACACGACCGUUCCCUCGAACCCGGCCGAAGGUGUCGGCGGUGCCGAGAACGCUACCAUGCCGUCGAACAUUGGUGGAGGUAUCCCGAACCAGCUGGGAACGCGGCUCGCCAACCGCAUCAACAGCCGAAACAACAAGAACAAGAACUGAUCCGAUCAAGAGGAAAAAUAAUUUCGACCGCAUAACGACGACGCUGUAGAUGAGAAGCUCUGGAAAAUGCAAAUAUAUUACACAAAAAUCCAUUA